CUUAAACGAAGUGGAAAAUAUAAAUGGUGAGGAGGAAGUGAAAAAUAUAAAUGGUGAGGAGGUAGAUUUGUUGCAUUUAACAUAUAAGUUUGAUAGACGGCCACUUCUUCCUCCUCUAAAAUACAAAAAGAAUAAAAAAAAUUGAGAGAGAAUGGGGAAGGAAAGGACAAUGGAGUGGGCGGCGCGUGCAGGACACAUGUCUGGUAUUCCACGGAAGGUGAUUAUCACCGCAGUCGGAACUUUUGCCAAGGCGUUGACAACGUUGCUCAAUACCACCACCGUUUACAACGCCGAAACCCUCCUUCGACUCGUUCGAUCUCGCCCUCCUGGCGUUCCUCUCCUCACCUUCAGCAAUCACAUGUCCACGUUGGAUGAUCCACUCAUGUGGGGAUUCAAGGGAUUCCCUAUAACAGAUGCCAAAUUGGCGAGAUGGGUACUUGCUGCUGAAGAUAUAUGCUUUAAAAAUACAGUGCUGUCUUAUUGUUUUCGACUUGGGAAAUGCAUACCUAUAGAUAGAGGUGGUGGAAUUUAUCAGGAACACAUGAAUGAAGCCCUUGAGCGCUUAAGUGAUGGAGAAUGGCUGCACACAUUUCCUGAAGGAAAAGUGUCUCAACAGGAUGGUCCAAUAAGAAGAUUAAAAUGGGGAACUGCUAGUCUAAUUGUCCGUGCCCCUGUGACUCCAAUAAUUUUACCAAUCUUUCACCAUGGUUUCCAUAAGGUCAUGCCAGAGGAUUACCUAUUUGGUAGAAGACCACCAUUACCACUUAUCAACAAACAUGUUAAGAUUAUCGUUGGUGAGCCACUAGAAUUUGACCUUCCAAGAUUGAGGGAGAUGGCAUUAUUGAAUUCUGGUGAUGAAUCUUCACCUAUGCUUGGAUGGCCUAGCAUCUCACCUUGUGGGUUAGACGAAGUAGCUCAGAGAUGUCUCUACUCCAGCAUAUCAGAAAAGCUACAAGCUGCUUUGGAGAGUUUGCGACAUCAAUUUGAGAAAACAAUUUCGAAAAAAAGAGAUUAGAUGAUCUUUUAUCAAUUAA